GAAAUGAUGAUGACGGAGACGGAAGCAUUCAGAGAGAGAGGGACACAGAAAAAGGUAUUCUUUGAUUGUCCUGUAAAGCCACACCCUUGGGUGGCCUUGGAUCCCCUCCCUUAAGGUUAAAAGCAGAAGGAAUGACAAGGGUGUGCUUGUGUAGUGUAGCGUGGGACACAGCUGUUCAUAUCUGUACUACAGCGAGAGCUUACUCUUUACAGCAAGUCACAGAACCUUCUGUGGAGGUAAAAUAACAAAAUGAGCAGAUACCCGUCACAAACACGCAAGACCACCAGCCCCAGCCAGGCAAUCGAUGACAGCAAGAAGAAGACCUCUCUUCUGAAAGACAACAGCUGGAUCAGAAGAAACGAGGAUGAGGACGAAGCCGUCGAUCGUGAUCCAAACUUUGGCAAAUCUCUUCUGGGUCGAUACAAAUCCAAUGAGAGUCUCACAGGCCAAGAGCCUGAAGACCCAAAACCCACUGGCACUCGAACCUCAACAACAUCCGUGCAUGCUCUCACCAAGAGGUUCGGUGGUAGUCAGGAUGAUCUGAAGGGCAGCAGCACCCUUCCUUCCAGCAAAACUACAUCCUCCAACACCAAAAGCCCAUAUUCAUCUCUGAAGCCGGUUUCUCCCACCACGACCACCACAUCCAAAAGCACCAUCAUAGAGGAGCCAAAGAAGAGCACCACAACCACUACAGUCACCAAGGAUGGCAAAACCACUGAGACCACCAUCACCACCACCCAGAGUGUUCGCUCUCCUGUGACCAAAACUCCCACCAAGACUGAAACGUUCACUGAGCGGGUCAAGUCUUCAAGCAAAGGACCACAAUACUCCUCCUACUCACCUACCAAAACAACCAAAGUGACGGAGAAGACUGUUACCAGCCCUAAAGAACCAGAGGACAAACUUUUCGACACGCUCAUCCCCUCGUCUGUCAGGGAGGAGUAUUCACCCAAAGACAGCAAAACUACCGUCUCCACAACUGAGACUGUGACAGUGAAAAGCAGCCCUGACACAAACGCUGUGACAGAGCUCUAUGACACACUCCUCAAGCCAGUCAAUGACGACGUUAAAGAGAGCAAACCAUCUGUGUCCAGUACUGAGACUGUGACAGUCAAAACCAGCAGUGAUGGGAAUGGUAUUAAAACCACAACCACAACCAGGACUUCCUCCACGGCUGAGGAUGACCUGUAUGGAACCCUCCUGCCCAAAUCAAUCACAUCUGGUCUGUCUUCUCCUGUCAGUUCGAGUAUCACGAGGAGAGAGGUCGUCACCGUGGAGAGCAGCAGAGGAGGAGAAAGCCCAACUCUGACAUCGCCAACCUCCACCCGCCGCAGCAUCACCAGCUACAGCUCAUAUGAUGAUGUUCCUUCCACCCGCACCACCUCCUACUCCGUCAGCACCAAGCCCAGUGAUGAUUACAGCAGCGACCGUAAAUCCUACUCUUACUCCAGACCAGACUCCAGCUAUGAGUACACCAGUAUCACCAGUCCCACUACGUACACCAGUCCCACUACGUACACCAGCAUCACCAGUCCUACUACGUACACCAGUCCUACUACGUACACCACAACAUCAUACAGGACCAGCAGCAGGUCAGAUGAUAACCUGUCAGAUCCAAUCUACUCAAAAUCUUCCAUGAGGAACGUGUACGCGUCUUCUGACAGGACCGUGCUUGAGAAAGACCUGUGCACCUUCUGCCGUAAGCCGUUCACCGGCGAUGCCAAGAUGGUCCUGGAUGACAUCAAGAUCAACUGCCACGCUUCCUGCUUUAAAUGUGAUGUGUGUAGCAGCACUCUGGGCAACCUGAAAGCUGGCGACAGCUUGUGGAUCUACAAGCGCAUGGUUCACUGUGAGAACUGCUUCGAGAACACCAGAGAAAAAUGGCGACGCUGAGCCUCCAUAAAGAAAGAAUGGAUUAUUGUUUUUCCAGUAAACUUUGGGUGACAUGGAUUCUUAUGGACUUUGAUUAUAAAAAGCAGACAGAGCUUUAUCUGGGUGUUCUGAUGAAUGAUAGUUGUAUUAUGGAUGCAACUUUUUUAACAGUUUGCAUGCACUGUUGGAGCUGUGUUGUCAUGAUAUUGCUGCCUUUUUACCUACCCCUGUACAACAUAUCAGUUCUUAUAUUCUCUUAAAUCUGCAGCUUUUUAAAGGGACUUUUGUGUGUCAUAUGAUAGGAGAUAUUGCAAUACUGAGGGCCGGGGGCUUUUUCUUUGUGCAAUAAAGGCAAUUCAAGUAUGUAAAAAAUAAAUAAAAAUCUCCCUGUUA